UACUCUUCAAUGAGAGAGGUCCGAAAGUUUUGGAAAAGUCAACAAUGGCAUGUCAAAAACUUUAUAGUUGUUUUGCCAAUUUUAGACAGCUACUGAAGUUGUCAUGCAGAAAUUGUUCUGAUUUCAUGCCAAAGGACAGAUGGGACGCUGUUCCCAAAGAAGAAGUUAAGCGAUUUAUAAUCGAUUGCAUGACCAAUGUUGGUACAAAAGAAGCCCAUGCAUCAAGCCUUGCUGGAAAUUUAGUCGCAGCUGAUUACCGUGGUCACUACAGCCAUGGUCUAAAUAGACUUGAUAUGUAUGUUCAUGACAUUGAAACUGGGAUCACGGUAAGUGACACAGAACCAGUUAUAGUGAAGGAGACUGCUGGCACAGCCUUAGUAGAUGGCAAGAAUCUCUUGGGACCGGUUGUUGGUGAUUUUGCUAUGAGUCUGGCAAUCAAGAAAGCUCAUGAAGCAGGGGUAGGAUGGGUUGUUGCAAAGGCCUCAAAUCAUUAUGGGAUAGCAGGAUGGUAUGCAAUGCAAGCUGUUGAAGAAGGACUUAUGGGCAUGUCGUUUACAAAUACAUCACCUCUACAAGUUCCGACAAGGUCAAAAAAGGCUGUUCUAGGUACCAAUCCCCUCAGCCUUGCUGCUCCCGGCAAGAAUGGGGACAGUUUUGUACUUGACAUGGCUACCUCAACAUGUGCACUAGGAAAGAUAGAACUCCAUGACAGGAAGAAUAUAAGAAUUCCAGAAGGUUGGGGUGUAGACCAGCAUGGUAAAAUGUCAAAUGAUCCCAAGCCUGUGUUAAAUGGUGGUGGUUUGAUGCCGUUAGGAGGUUCUGAACUAACUGGUGGUUACAAGGGAUAUGGCUUAGCCAUGAUGGUUGAAAUCUUUUGUGGUAUUCUAGGUAACGCAUCAUACGGACCUAAUGUACGUAGAUGGAAAAAUACAGAUACUGUUGCUAAUUUGGGCCAGUGUUUUAUUGCAAUAAAUCCAGAAGCAUUUGCUCCAGGAUUCUCUGAGAGAUUAGAUGAUUUAAUGAAUACCUGCAGGCAUCUUGAACCUAUGGAGCAUGAAGAAGAAGUAUUGGUGGCUGGAGAUCCAGAGAGACAACAUAUGGCUAUGUGUGAUACCAGGGGUGGUAUUCCAUACCAUCCUAACCAAAUACAGUAUGGGCUGGACCUUGCAGAAAAAUUAUCAGUGCAACCAAUGAAACUUUUUUGACAGGAUUUGAAUUAUCACAUCUACAUCAGAGUCAAUGCUGUGUGUACAGAAACAAUACCGGCUGCUUAAUGUAUUAACCUUUACCCUGCUAAAUUUCUAAAAUGGACUGGUCCGUCAUUCAAUUUGGGCAAUACCAUUUAUUAAUCGAAGUGGUGUUCAUUGUUAAUUUACUAACUGAACAGCGAACAGUGAAGACCAUGAUCCAUGCAGGCUGAUCUUGGUCUGCACUAGUCACAAAGGCAGAAUCACUUGCUGGCAGCAGGCUAAAGGUUAAUUCUCAAGAAUAGACUUGUCUGAAGUUGUUAAAGUUUAAAACCUGUCUGUGUAUGUAUACAAGUUAACAGAUGUUUUUAAAUAUGUAUGGAAGAAUGUAGUAAUUAUGUGUCGAUUUUUAUUACUUUAUGUUGCAAACAUCUAUUCAUGCUGCUUUCAGCCUUUCUUUUUAGCUCACCUGUCACAUAGUGACAAGGUGAGCUUUUGUGAUCACCCUUCGUCCGUCGUCAGUCCAUGCGUGCGUGCGUCCGUCAACAAUUUCUUGUCUGCAUGAUAGUGGUUUCAUUUUAUGAUUUAAUUUUAACCAAACUUGCACACAACUUGUAUCACCAUAAGAUCUCUAUUCCUUUCUUGAACUGGCCAGAUCCCAUUAUGGGUUCCAGAGUUAUGGCCCCUAAAGGGCCAAAAUUAGCUAUUUUGACCUUUUGACCUUAAUUUAUGAUUUGAUUUUUACUAAACUUGCACACAACUUGUAUCACCAUAAGAUCUUGGUUCCGUUCUUGAACUGGCCAGAUUCCUUAAUGGGUUCCAGAGUUAUGGCCCCUGAAAGGGCCAAAAUUAGCUAUUUAGACCUUGUCUGCACAAUAGCAGCUUCAUUUAUGAUUUGAUUUUAACCAGUCUUGCACACAACUUGUAUCACCACAAGAUAUUGGUUCCUUUUUAUACGCCCGUUUGAAAAACGGGACGUAUUAUGGGAACGCCCCUGGCGGGCGGAUGGGCGGGCGGGCGGCGUCCACAGACCUUGUCCGGAGCAUAUCUUCUUCAUGCAUGGAGGGAUUUUGAUGAAACUUGGCACAGUUGUUCACCAUCAUGAGACGGAGUGUCAUGCGCAAGAACCAGGUCCCUAGGUCUAAGGUCAAGGUCACACUUAGAGGUCAAAGGUCAAAUUCAAGAAUGACUUUGUCCGGAGCAUAUCUUCUUCAUGUAUGGAGGGAUUUUGAUGAAAGUUGGCACAAUUGUUCAUCAUCAUGAGACGGAGUGUCAUGCGCAAAAACCAGGUCCCUAGGUCUAAGGUCAAGGUCACACUUAGAGGUCAAAGGAUACAAGAAUGAAAAAUUCAAGAAUGACUUUGUCCGGAGCAUAUCUUCUUCAUGCAUGGAAUGAUUUUGAUGUAGCUUGGCACAGUUGUUCACCAUAAUGAGAGGGAGUGUCAUGCGCAAGAACCAGGUUCCUAGGUCUAAGGUCAAGGUCACACUUAGAGGUCAAAGGAUACAAGAAUGAAAACUUUGUCCGGAGCAUAUCUUCUUCAUGCAUGAAAGGACUUUGAUGUAGCUUGGCAAAAUUGUCCACCAUCAUGAGUCAGAGUGUCAUGCGCAAGAACCAGGUCCCUAGGGGUAAGGUCAAGGUCACACUUAGAGGUCAAAGGAUACAAGAAUGAAAACUUUGUCCGGAGCAUUUCUUCUUCAUGCAUUGAGGGAUUUUGAUACAACUUGGCACAAAUGUUCACAAGCAUGAGACGGAGUGUCAUGCGCAAGAACCAGGUCCCUCAGUCUAAGGUCAAGGUCACACUUAAAGGUCAAAGGUCAGAUACAAGAAUGACUUUGUCUGGAGCAUUUCUUCUUCAUGCAUGGAGGAAUUUUGAUGUAACUUGGCACAAUUGUACACCAUCAUGAGACGGAGUGUCAUGCACUGGUCCCUUCUUUUGAAUUACUUCCCUUUGCUGUUACUAUAAAUAGCUUAUAUUGUAACUUUUUCAUUACAAGUCGUAGGGAAAAAUCGAGACCACUUUUCUGUAGUACAACAUGCAUGUUACAUCCAAUUCUGAGGUGUAUUUUGAGCUAUCUCUACCUGGUAAGGAUUUUUGUGUGGACUUGUAAUUUUUUUUUUUCGAUUUUUUUUUUUUUUUUUUUUUUUUUUUUCUCUUUAAAGAUUAACUUUUUUUUAUAAUUGACCGUAGGGAAAAACCAAGACCACUUUUCUGUGGUACAACAUUGAUAUUACUUUCAAAUUUUGGGUGUAUUUUAAGGUAUCUCUACCUGGUAAGGAUUUUUUUUGUGGACUUAGAAAAAUAAAAGAAUUACAAUAAUUUCUAAAAAAAACAACAUUGUAAACAACUAGAAAAUUAAAAUUCCAUUUGCAAAUACAGGUGCUAGUGUAAACAAAUUUGCUGUGACGGGCGUAUAUUGUGACAUUCUGCACCCUUGUUUGAACUGGCCAGAUUCCGUUAUGAGUUCAUGAGUUAUGGCCCCUGAUAGGGCCAGAAUUAGCUAUUUUGACCUUGUCUGCACAAUAACAGCCUCAUUUAUGAUUUGAAUUUAAUCAAACUUGCACAAAACUUGUGUCAAUAUAAGAUCUUGGUUCCUUUCUUGAACCGGCCAGAUCCCAUAAUGGGUUCCAGAGUUAUGGCCCCUGAAAGGGCCAAAAUUAGCUAUUUUGUUAUCAAAAUGGAUUUAUGUCAGUAAGUACUUUUAGGACUUAUUUGAAUUUCAUUAUUGCCUUAAGUUGGACUGAGACAAUCAGGAAAGAUAACUAUGGACUGAUUUUAUGUUCAAUUACCUCCCUUUAUUUCAAAUUAAAAUGGGUAUAUCUCCAUAACUAAUGAAGGUACUGAUUGGAAAUUACAUUUACGCUAUCAGAUUGAUUUGGACAGUCAGUGAAGAUACAUAUUGACUGAAUUUAUGACCAAUUACCUCCCUUUAUUUAUCCCCCCGCCAAAGGCGAAGGGGAUAUUAGAAAUGCUCUCCGUCUGUGAGUCCGUCCGUCCGUCCGCAACGAUCUUUGUCCGGAGCAUAACUCCAAAAGUACUGGAGGGAUUUUCUUCAAACUUCAUACACUGAUAGAACACAUUGGGAGGAAGUGCAAUGUGCAAGAACAAUAACUCUACCUUGCCUAUUUUUUGAGUUAUUCCCCUUUAUCUUAUUUUCUUAAAAAAAUUUGUCCAGAGCAUAACUCCAAAAGUACUGGAGGGAUUUUCUUCAAACUUCAUACACUGAUAGAACACAUUGGGAGGAAGUGCAGUGUGCAAGAACAAUAACUCUACCUUGCCUAUUUUUUGAGAUAUUCCCCUUUAUCAUAUUUUCUUAAAAAAAAUUGUCCAGAGCAUUUCUUCUUCAUGCAUUGAGGGAUUUUGAUAUAACUUGGCACAAAUGUUCACCACCACGAGACAGAAUGUCAUGCGCAAGAUCCAGGUCCCUAGGUCUAAGGUCAAGGUCACACUUAGAGGCCAAAGGUCAGAUACAAGAAUGACGUUGUCCGAAGCAUUUCUUCUUCAUGCAUGGAGGGAUUUUGAUGUAACUUGGCACAAUUAUACACCAUCAUGAGACGAAGUGUCAUGUGCAGUUCCCUUCUUUAGAAUUACCUCCCUUUGUUGUUACUUUAAAUAGCUUUUAUUGUAACUUUUUCAUUACUAGUCGUAAGGAAAAAUCGAGACCACUUUUCUGUAGUACAACAUGCAUGCUACAUCCAAUUUUGAGGUGUAUUUUGACCAGUCUCUACCUGGUAAAGAUUUUUAUGUGGACUUACAAUUUUUUUUUUUUUUUUUUUUUUUUUUUUAAGAUUAACUUGCCUUAGUUGUUACUAUAAAUAACUUAUAUUGUAACAUUUUUAUAAUUGACCGUAGGGAAUAAACAAGACCACUUUUCUGUGGUACAGCAUGGAUGUUACUUUCCAAUUUUAGGUGUAUUUUAAGAUAUCUCUACCUGGUAAGGAGUUUUUGUGGACUUAGAAAAACAAAAGACUUACAAUGAUUACUAAACAACCACAAAAUUAAAAUUCCAUUUGCAAAUACAGCUGCUAGAGUAAAGAAAUUUGCUGUGACGGGCAUAUAUUGUGACAUUCUGGCACUCGUGUUCCCUGUUAGCUUUCCAUUCCUUCUUUUUACAGUAGCCAUAUAGAAAAACAUCAUAGCUAUACUGUUCGUGAAAAUUAAUAAAAUUUAGCAGUAAACCACCUCACCACUGACUUAUUCUUUCUUCCACAUCUUUAAAACCCCUGAUGCAGACCACAACUAAAUGGUUCUUCAAAGCUUUCCCCAAAAUUAAUACUUUCAGACACUAACUUGCCAGGAACUUUAGCCUUCAAUUAUAAUAUGCCCGGCGGGGGGAUUGGCCAUGUCUAACAUGGCUCUUGUUUUUUAUGUAAAUGAAUAUACCUAGCAGCUUCUAAUGAGAUUGGUUUGAAAUGUUAUUUAUGUCUUCCAUGGUAAGAAAUAGUCAUGUUAGAUAACUAUUGAUUGAACGUUUAUCAAUAUGAAUACUUUUCUAAUAUAUUCUUAAUUACCUCCCCAGAUUUCAAUAAAAAUGGAUUUAUCCCAGUAAGUAUUUAUUGGACUCAUUUGAAAUUUCAUUAUUGUCAUUAGUUGGACUGAAACAAUCAGGGUAGAUAACUAUGGACUGAUUUUAUGUCAAAUUACCUCCCUUUAUAUCAAAUUAAAAUGAUGUAUCUCGGUAACCAAUAAAGGUUAUGAUUAGAAAUGUCAUUUAUGCCAUCAGAUUGUCUCGGACAAUCGGGGUAGAUAACUUUUGACUGGAUAUAUGACAAAUUACCUCCCUUUAUUUCACGUUAAUGAAUAUACCUCGGCUGAAUCUAAUGAGAUUGGUUUUAAAUGUUAUUUAAGUCUUCCAGGGUAAGAAAUACUAGUACAAAAAUGCAGCAUUUGAGCAUAGGAUACUCAAACUUGAUAUUGAAAUUGGCCUUGACUAGUAUGUGACCCAUAGGUCAAAAGGAACUGUUACAACAAAAUGUUUAUCCUGAUGAUAUUUUAUGUGUAUGCUUAUGUGAUCUUUGUCAAAACUUGAUCUUAUCAUUUAGAUCGCCAGUGGUACUCAGGUGAGCGAUAUAGGGCCAUCAUGGCCCUCUUGUCUUUGUUUUUGUUGCCUACUUCUUGGGAUAGUUCAUGGUCUUUUGAACCUUUAAAACUACUGUACAGAAAAGUGUUUAUGUUUAGUUCACCUGAGCAGUGUUCAAAGGUGAGAGCUAUUACGAUACCCUACAUCUGUCAUUGUGGUCAACAGUUUGACUGUUAACACGCUAAAUGUCACAAUCUUGGCCCAGUCUUAAUUACACUUUGUUAGGCUGUUCAUCUUUAUGAAAUAUAGGUGGAGUUUGAAAUUUGAAACUGGUUUGUGUGAGGUCAAAAAAUAGGUCUAGGGCUUCAGCUAAGUGAUUAGUUGAGAAAAACAAUUUGGUUUGCUCUCUUGACUUCACUCAUAUGUAACAUAAAAAGAAAAUUCUAGUUGCCCGGUUUUUUUUUUUGUAUUAAUCCAUACUUUGCUAGGUCAACUAAUGGACAGACCUUGUUAAGACUCUAUAGGCCACAUUCUAUGGGUUUUGCUAUGAAAUUUAGGUCUGUAUGAAAAGUUUCUCAUUCAACAUUUGCAACAUAUUGUAUGAAUAACACAAUAUUGUAUAUUUUUUACAUACUCGUUUCUUUUCCCCAUUAAGUUACACUAGUACCGGAAACGUCAAUAUUUUUCCAUACACUGAUGCCUAAAUUUCAUAUUGGGUGCGUGACAUCAUUCUGUGUGUUUUGUUGCACUAUUUUUGUGCCCCCCCCCAUGAGUGGUGGGGGCAUAUAGAUUUGGUCUUGUCCGUGCAUCCGUGUGUCCGUCCGAAGUUUGUGACGCGCCUAGCUCAAAAAGUAUUUGAUAUAAAUUGAUGAAACCUUGCAUAAGUCUUUAUCAUGAUAUGAACUUGCGCACCUCCCAUUUUUCGUCUGGCACCGCCCCCCAUUUUCAGAGUUAUGGCCCCUGAAAUAGUCAGAAAUGCACAUUUUCACCUUGUGACACACCUAGCUUAAGAAGUAUUUGAUAUAGAUUCAUGAAACCUUGCACGAGUCUUAAUCAUGAUAUGAACUUGCGCACCUCCUAUUUUUUGUCUGGCUCCGCCCCCUAUUUUCAGAGUUAAGGCCCCUGAAAUAGUCAAAAAUGCACAUUUUCACCUUGUGACAAGCCUAGCUCAAAAAGUAUUUGAUAUAGAUUCAUGAAACCUUGCAUGAAUCUUAAUCAUGAUGUGUCCUUUCACACUUGGCAUUCUUCCUGAGAAUCUUGCAUUUAUUACAGAGUUAUGGCCCUUGAAAUAUCCAAAAUAGUGGAUUUUUUGUUUGUGGUCAAAGCUCAAAACGUAUAUGGCCUAGAAUAAUGAAUCCUUUUCAUAAAAUGCUAUACUCCAUUAAGACUGUAAACAUUUUAAUUAUUUCCCCUUAUUUUUGACAAAUGUACCAGUGGGGGGCACACCCUGUGUCCUACAGACACGUUCUAGUUUUCUGUUUAGUUCAGUAUUGUCAAUCGUAUUCAGGCUAUUGAACAUAUUUAUGAUAAUUACAUAAUAUUUAUACGUGUAGAUGUGUAUGUAAUAAAAGGUUAUUAUCUUUGCAUCGGGAAAUAUGCGCUCGUUCUUCAGCGGAAGAAUAUUGCGCUCCUAAAGUCGCGCAAUAUUUCCGCUGAAGAACUCGUGCAUAUUUCCCGAUACGAAGCUAAUAACCUAUAAAUAUCAUUAGAUCAUUUGGUUACACCACAGUCAAGAUAGUCACCUUCUAGUAGUGACAUUACCUCAUUCAUUAGUUUAAUUUGCUUUUUUUCAAUAGUAUGCCAAUUUUGUAUACAUAUCAAGCUAUAUAAUUCGUGGGCUGAGCGCGAAACUAUUGUAACUGUAUAUGAAUAAAGAACAAGAUACAAUAGUUUCGCGCUCAGCCCUCCAUAUAAGGAAAGGCUUUGAACAGGUCAGUAAUAUGCUAGCCAUAUGAAGGCAACCACAAUGCCAGUUUGAUAUUUCCUACUAUAUACUGUGAAGCAUAAGAGUGUGUCUAGAAAAUGUGAUAGCCUAUGUAUGUUAUGACAAGUGUUAUAUAUGUGAUACCUAUGUGCCAUAAGUUGUCAAUAAUUACACAAACUAAUCUCAAGGCUGCAAAUUCAUGCAUUUUUUUUUUUCUGAAAUUGAGAAAGUACAGGACUGGUUCUUUCAAUUGUUUGUAAAUAAAAACUAUUUGGCGAGUUUUAUGCAGUAUUGCUUGACUAGGAAAUGCAUAUAAAAAGUGUUGUUAAGUCAUACAGGAAAAUGUGUUAUCUAAAAUAUGCUGUACUUCUCUGUACUUUAUAUCAUAUCCUGAAAAUAACUUACUACUUAUUUGUUCUUCUUUAUCAGAGUCAACGUUAGUGAUGUUAAGUUUUAAAUAGUGGAUUCAAGAAACUGAUUCAAAUCUUAAAUUAUGUGCAGCUAAAAAACAAGUGUGAUGUGUAUUUUUACCUUAUCUGUUAUCGAAUGUGUUCUUGAAAUAAUUUUGUAAUCGAAAUUUUUUUAGGAUAUUUCUUAUACAUGUAUAUUAAUAAUAUUUUUUUCUUAGUUGUUAAUACACAUGUACAUAUUUGGUAUUGCUUAUAUACAUGUAUUUGUGAUGAAUGGAAGAUUUUUACACAUUUGACAUCUUUUAUACUGUUCAUGAAUAUAUUACAUUAUUAUUAUUAUUAUGCCUCUUUCUCGUAAUUCCGAGCCUUCUCAUUGAUCCGAGCCUUUGGAAAAUUUGCACUUGCAGCUAUUUCCUGUUUCUAAAUUUUAUAUAUGUUGUAAAAAAUCAUAUGACAGAUAAACAAAAGUAAAAAGAAAAUAGAAUUACUUGCAUUAAAAUAGAAAUAUACACAACAGAAAAUUUGGGCACAAAAUUUGCUUAUCUAAAAUCAUUGGGGUAAUAUAUAACCUUCUUACAGAAAACAGAAAGCACUUAUUUUAAAACUUUUUUGUCCGCUAACACAAUAAUAUAUUUGUUCUUAAUUUUAACAAAGAACUUUUUCAAAAAAGCCUUAAUUUUUCAGAGCUAGUACAAAUGAUUGCAAGUCUCGGUUUUAACAAGAAAGAAUUUGGCUGUUUCAGAGGGUUAGGGUCAUCAUGUGAAAGCCUAGAUUAUUCAUUUACAAAAAUCCUUAGAAUUUUUCUCCAUGGGGAUUUUAUAAGUUUAGAUGUUGGAGUACCAAACUAUAGCAAAAACUCUUUUGAAACUUAAAUCUUCUACUGACCAGCACUGAAAAACCGGCUUAGGGGCUCGGAAUAACGAGAAAAGGGCAUGUUUUUGGUCAGACGAGUUUCCAUUCGGUCAGAUGGGUUAUCCUGGACCGAAUGUCAGACAAGUCUUGAAACUCUUUUUGCCACGACUGUAAAUAGUAACAGAAUUGCCUAGGACAGAAUCCUGUAAUCUAGGCCAGUAACCAGAAGCAGCUACAAUAACCGGAAGUGUGCACAAAAACUGGUCAUCUAUUCUUGAUAAAAAAGACUUAAUGUUAAUAUCUAUAUGAUUAACUAAUUCGAACAGUCAUGUUAUUAUUACUAUAUUUAGGUAUAUAAAAACGGGUCAUUUAACUGCAGUGACAUUCCUUAAAUGGUUAUAACCACUCCUUACAAUAUACUGGCACCUCGGCUACACCUUCAUGCAGGUUUAAUUGUGCUUAUAACCACUUCAGGCUUGCCUUUUGCUUAAUAAGUAUAUAUACCUGAAUCUUUGACAGGGAUUUUUAUUCACCUCGUGCUCACGUCAUUAACUUGGGUAGAUCCAUCACUGCUACUGCCUUGUAUAACAAAAUCAAUACAUCUUCAGGAAUUUCUUGUGAACAUUUGAACAUAAUGUUGAUGGUUGCAAAUGUUUCAGAUGGUUGCAAAUGUUUCAGUUUAAAUUUAAUUAACAGACAUUGUUUCUGGUCAUUGUAUAUUGUUGAUAGCUUAUUCUGUAUAAUUUUUAUCGACUGUUACGAUCCAUUUUUUAGAAAACUUUUGACUUUUUCCAUUGUAGUUCGUCUCAUUUUUACAUUUGUUAGUUUUUAUGUGGUACUUAUACCAAUCAUAGCAUACUGCCGUUGCAAAUGUUUCAGUUUAAAUUUAAUUAACAGACAUUGUUUCUGGUCAUUGUAUAUUGUUGACAGCUUAUUCUGUAUAAUUUUUAUCGACUGUUACAAUCCAUUUUUUAGAAAACUUUUGACUUUUUCCAUUGUAGUUCGUCUAAUUUUUACAUUUGUUAGUUUUUAUGUGGUACUUAUACCAAUCAUAGCAUACUGCCGUUUGGAUGUACAUUCUUUAGUGCGAUAGAACUUUUCAUAUUUAUGUUAUCUGGCAAAUCUUAGGAAAAAUUUCAGGAGCUUAUCUGAUAUUUGUAUGCAAUAAAAGGUGCAACAGUA